AUGCCCUCCCCCGCCCCAAUAACGCUAAACGCGACGCUAAGCACCUCGCUGCAUCCGCAUCUCCGCCUCUCCGCGCCCUCCGCGCCCGCGCCCUCCUGCCACCUCCAUCUGAUCCUGCACCUGCCCGACGCAUUAUUCGUGGACCCCGACGAGCUCGCCGACCUCUGGGGUCCGCCCUCUCCCUUCCCUCUUUCCCUCUCCCCUUCGUCUCCCCCCCACUCUUCCCCCUCCUCUCCUCCCUCUCCCUCCCCCCACUGGUCCCUCUCGCCCGCCCAAAUCGACAUCGAACGCCCCGUCCACCCCCGCCUCCCGCCUCUCAGCCUGAAAGCCGUGCCCGUACCACAAGCGGUGCUCGACCUCGUCCUCGACGACCUCUGCACUGUCGACGUGCCGCUGCACGCGCGCUACCUCGUCCCGGAGGAUUCGGGCGCGACCUCGAGCCCACGCGCGCCCGCGUGGAACAGCGUACGCCGUCUUGCGGCCGCGCUCGCGCACGACACAUACGCCGACGUCCCAUUCGACGGCGACGGCGACGGCGACGGCUGGGUCGAGGGCGCGUGGGUGUGUCCCGCCGCCGGGGGGACGGGCAGGGCCUCGCGUGUCUCGGUCGGCGUAAGCGCGCACUUGCCUGUGCCCGACGCCGCGUACCGCUUCCCCGUGGAGAUUGGGACUGCCGCGGUCGUGUGGGCCGGAUGGGCGUGGCUUGUAUACGCUGUCAUCCGGGCGGCGCGGGUGGGGAAGCGGAAAACGGAGUAG